AUGGCAGCAGAGGAGCAGUUCCGAAAAGGUCUGAGCCAAGGCGGAGCGCAAGCAGGGCCCAAAUACACUACGGCUCGAGCCGAGAGUAUAGGCGGCAAAGCGACAACACGUCGAGCAGCAUGGACGGAGCGAAGCGGCUGCGAGGAACUGGCGAAAUCCGGGGAGCGCUCAGCGGCCAAGUUUGUUCUUCUGACUUUUGAGCUUUUAGAACGCUGGGGUCGUGUAUUUUUGCUGCACUCAUUGUUACGGUUAGAUUUUUCCGACGGCAUUAUACUGAAAUUUGAGGUACUUCAGGGCUUAAAUACUCAAUUAAGUCAAGUCGAUAUACAGCGAAUUAUUAAAGUUUUGCGUAAUACUCACUCAGUAUACAUAAAGCAAAUUGAUGAACUCAUACUUGACUGUAGACACGAAAUGGAGGAGGCCAUGUCAAAUAUUAAAUUUUUGCAUAUUCUAAUAGAACCUUGUAGACGAAUAGAUAAUGCAGAUAACCCCACAUCUCUAACCGAACUUAUACCAAGAAUUAUUCACAUUAUUCGUUAUAUUUGGCUAAAUUCGGAGUACUAUAAUCGGUCAGAUUUGAUAACAGGCCUCUUUCGUAAUCUAAGCAACCAGAUCAUAAGAUUUUGUACACAAAAGACUAACAUGAAAAAAAUACUCUCAGGAUGUUCCAGAUUCGGUAUUAAAAUGAGUAACAUGUCUAUUGAUUGCUGCUUGACUUACAGGGGCAUUUAUGAGCGAAUGGCUAAGGAUCAUGAAUUUCAAAAAUGUGACAUUUCGUGGAGUUUUGAUACUGCGAUGAUAUUUAACCACUUAGAUGCAUUUAUGGAACGUUUGAACGAUGUUAUUGAUAUAUGCGAAUCGAUGAUUGUGUUUGGAAGACUUGACGAAACCGAAACUAUACCUAAGCCUCAAUUUGGUGGCACCAGCGGGCCGGAGUUUGAAAAAAUUGCUGAGAGCGUUGAGUUCAAUUUUUUGUCUACAUUGACGAUGCUUAGUACCGAUUCCAAAGAGUUAAUUUUAAAUGUACACAAGAACGAAUGGUAUGAGGAGGUACUUAAAUAUCGGCGAACCAUUCAAAGCAUAGAAGAAACCGUGCAGAGGCUGAUGUCCAACGUUUUUCAACAUGUAUGCAAUGUGGAAGAAGCAAUUGAAUGCCUUAAUGUAAUGCUAUUUUACUCUUACCGAGGCAAUUUAAAAAAAACGUACUUACGUCAAGUUACUAGCACUUGGAUGCUGUUUGCUAACGAAAUGGAUUUAACCUAUGGUAUGCUAAUGGAUCGCAGUAAAUUACAUGAGUCUUUGGUACCGUACUAUGCAUCUCGUGCCAUCAAUUAUCGCCUCAAUCUUGAGAGACUAACAUGGUUGCGAAAUCGCUUGAAUAAUUCAGAAUGGCUGCCUAUUGUAUCUGAAACAUCUAUGGUGUUAUUAAGAUUUGAAAUGUUAAGGAGAGAUUUUGAGAUAGAGAUACGCCAUUCUUACGAAGAAUGGCAGAAAAAUUGCUGUAGUUCUGCUUUAACUCAAAAGCUUGAUCGGUUUUUGCUUAUACGCAGCAAGAAAAAAAAGGGUCUGCUUGAGUGCAAUAUUGAUCGUACUGUAAUCACCAUUUGUGAACAAGUACUGCAUUUUGAGCAACUUGGGUUUUCGGUGCCUGGGUCAAUCCGAAAAAUAUAUGAAAAAUACGAUGUACUUAGAUUUGUAUACAAUAGUGUUGUCCAAGUGUGUCUCAACUACAAUCACAUUCUUUCCGCUCUUUCGGAACAGGAAAGAAAACUGUUUCGUGCUCUUAUUCAGGCAUGUGAUCGUAAAAUAGCGCCUGGGGUGUUUAAGCUUACAUAUGGAGGCGAGUUUAGUGACGCUUAUAUAGCCGAUUGCGCAAGACAUACAAGUAAACUUCAGGAUACUAUAGAUAUAUACAAACGUGCGAAUCGUCAAAUAGCUCGCAUGUGCGAGAAAAUAUGUGAUACUCCAAUGCUUAAGUUUACUUUAAACUGUGCUUUGCCUAUUUUAAUAUUCGACCAUCAAUUAUCAAGUUACGUACGCCGAAUUACUAAUAUUUUACGAGGAUAUUACAACUCAAUUAUCGACCUUUUAUUUGCUGUUUUCAAAGAGUUUCAGUCUGUAAUCGAAGAUAUGGCAGCAGAGUGGUAUAGUUUUGUAAAUGUGUUUGACGAUAUGUUGGCCACUGCACUUUUAACUAGUGCUCGAAAUUCCCUGGUUAUGAUGCACACAGCCCUUCAUCGUGAUGCUAACGUGGUGGCUGCAUCAAUACUGGUUAUGGAAUCAGACAUAAAGGAAUGCCAAAUAACUCUUAGUCCAAAAAUGGAUACUAUUGCCAAUGUAUUAAAUGGCAACAUUCAUCGAGUUCAUAAUAUUCUUGAUAAAUUUCCAAGAAUUGGAAAUAAAUUAAAAUUACCUGUUGAACAGCAAUAUGAACCAUUUACUAAAAUAUUCUGCGAAGACUUAGAAUGUGUUGAUCUUGUACAUAAUAUUAAGGCUGAAAUUGAACAUCAGCGUGACGAAAUAGCCCGCUAUAUAGUUUUUUGGAAUGGUCAUCGACCUAUAUGGGAAACUACGGAGAACGAUUUUAUAAAACACAUGAGAGCCACUACUAUGACAGCAGAGGUUUUCAAUAGCAGCAUUGAGUAUUACAGCGCUAUGGCUGAUGAUAUUUCUUUUAUCGAUGCUAUUUAUCACGUUUAUUUUAUAUUGAUGAAUCAGAAUAAUUUAAAGUGCUCUAUUCUAGACUGGAUUGAGAAAUGGCAAGCUUUAAAUAUUAAAUUACUAUUAGAUCAUUCAUUAUUUUUACUACAAGGUAUUUAUCGCUAUAUACGACAUAAUGAGCGCAAAAUUAUGAUGGUUCCGCGAACCCUUAAGGAAUCUUUAAUUGCUAAAGAAUUCUUCGAAAGGAAAAUAAUUGAAGCUCCAAUAAAACAUGCAACAUUUCCACCAAUGCUGGAAUUAUUUGCAGUUUUAGAUAAAUAUCAGGUGGAAAUUUCAGACGAAACUACUGAGCAAGUAGCUGGUCUGGAAGCGGCUUGGCAGCAUUACCUAAAAAAAUUAGCCGAAGCUGAUGAGAUGUUGGAAAACAAUCGUGAAGAAUUUAAAAAAACCCUUUUACAGCAAGCAGAAAAGUUUAAGAUGAUUCUUAAAGAGUUUUUAUUUGAUUUCUAUUUAAAAUUACCUACGGCAUCAAAUAUAAAUCCUAAAAUAGCAUUAAAGUUUCUCAAGAUCAUAGCACUUAAGGUAGAAGAUUGUUUUAAGUUUGAAGAAAGUUUGAUGCGUGACUUGGCCGUUUUCAACGUUAAUCAACCGGAGAGCUUUGAUUUACAAAAAUUAGAUUCCGAAGUUAAAGUGGUUCAGAAUAUUUGGCAGCUUAUACUAGAGUGGCAAACAAACUGGGAUGCUUGGCGCAAGGGUAAUUUUUGGAAAAUUAACAUAGAUGAAAUGGAAGACACUGCCCUUAGUCUCUACAAAGAAUUUAGUAUUUUAAGCAAAAAGCACUACGACCGACAUUGGGAAAUGCUUGAGGUAACUACUAAAAAUUUGGAUGGAUUCAGGAGAACUUUGCCAUUAAUAACAGCGUUAAAAAAUCCAUGCAUGCGCGAGCGGCACUGGAACCGUGUGCGUGAUAUUAUGCAGGUUGACUUCGAUGAGAAUUCAAAGAAGUUUACUUUGGAGCUAAUUAUAAAUUUGGACUUUCAGGCCUAUUCAGAGGAUAUACAGGAUAUUUCAAACGCGGCGACUAUGGAGCUUCAAAUUGAGAAUGGAAUUAAAAACAUUGCGGCAAUUUGGAAGAAACAAGGGUUUGAAAUGGCGUUUUACCACGAUGGUAUUUAUCGUAUAAAAAGUGUUGACGAAUGUUUUCAAUUACUUGAGGAACAUAUGGUUCAGAUUUCAGCCAUGAAAUCCACUCGGUUCGUAGAGCCUUUUAUAGAAAUUGUUGAUUACUGGGAGAAAACACUCUCCUACAUAAGUGAGACGUUAGAAAAGGCGCUGAAUGUUCAGCGGCAGUGGCUAUACUUAGAAAAUAUUUUUCAAGGUGACGACAUACGAAAACAGCUGCCAGAUGAAGCAAAACGAUUUACUGCUAUUACAAAUGAAUUUCGGACUAUCUCUGGAAAAAUGUUUCAAGCUAAGACUGCUGUUAAAGCCACACAUUUACGACCUCCGCCAUUUUUAUUAAAUCGAUUUAAUCGAAUGGAUGAACGACUCGAAUUAAUUCAACGUGCUCUAGAGAUUUAUCUUGAAACUAAACGCCAGUUGUUUCCUCGUUUUUACUUUAUAUCUAACGAUGACUUGUUGGAAAUAUUGGGAAAUGCAAAACGUCCUGAUCUUGUACAAAUUCAUCUAAAAAAACUUUUUGAUAAUUUAUAUAAACUUGAAAUAAAGCGUGUCGGUAAGACCUUAAGCCGUUGGCAGGCUAGUGGAAUUUACUCCGAUGAUGGCGAAUAUGUUGAGUUUCUACAAGUACUUUAUAUCGAUGGACCAUCCGAACGUUGGUUAAAGCAAGUCGAAGAAGACAUGUACAAUGUUAUGAAAGAGCAACUCAAGCUUACACGGGGUUCACUUAAGAAGCUUAUAAGUAAUCGCGAAAAGUGGAUAUCAUUAUGGCCAGGCCAGAUGAUCUUAACAACAGCACAAAUUCAAUGGACAACUGAAUGCACUCGCAGUUUAAUCCAUUGUAAAAUGGUUGACCAAAAAAAACCAUUACGAAAACUUAAAAGAAAACAAAAUAAAGUUUUAAUGAAGCUGUCUGAAAUGAGUCGCAAAGAACUAACAAAAAUAAUGCGUCUUAAAGUGAAUACGCUUAUUACACUCGAAAUACAUGGACGUGAUGUCAUCGAACGAAUGUACAAAGCAAACUGCAAAGAUACUGGUCAUUUUGAAUGGUUUUCCCAAUUACGAUUUUAUUGGCACCGCGAAUCAGAGCUCUGUGUAAUAAGACAAACCAACACUGAACACUGGUAUGGCUAUGAGUAUACUGGAAAUUCUGGUAGAUUAGUUAUAACACCUCUGACGGAUAGGUGUUACAUUACACUGACCACUGCUUUGCAUUUGCAUCGUGGCGGAAGUCCUAAAGGUCCUGCAGGUACAGGCAAAACGGAGACCGUGAAAGAUCUAGGUAAAGCCUUAGGCAUGUGGGUGAUAGUUACGAACUGCUCAGAAGGACUAGACUAUAAAAGCAUCGGGAAAAAUUUUUCAGGCCUAGCACAAAGCGGCUGUUGGGGAUGUUUUGAUGAAUUUAAUCGAAUUAACAUAGAGGUACUUUCAGUAGUAGCACAACAAAUUAUGUCUAUAAUGGCGGCAUUGUCAGCAAAAUCGGUAGAGUUUGUCUUUGAAGGACAAUUGAUUAAGCUGAAACAUACAGUCGGACUGUUCAUUACCAUGAACCCUGGCUAUGCAGGACGAACAGAACUUCCAGAUAAUUUAAAGUCUAUGUUUCGUCCGAUAUCAAUGAUGGUACCGGAUAACAUCAUUAUCGCUGAAAAUCUCCUUUUCUCAGACGGAUUUUCCAAUACGCGAAAUCUAGCCCGAAAAGUAUUUACUUUGUAUGAGCUGGCAAAGCAGCAGCUUUCAAAACAGUUUCAUUACGAUUUUGGACUUCGAUCUAUGGUGGCUUUAUUGCGUUAUGCUGGCCGGAAAAGACGUCAGCUUCCUAGCACUAAUGAAGAAGAAAUCGUAUAUCUUGCAAUGAAAGAUAUGAAUGUUGCUCGCUUAACGGCAAAUGAUUUACCUUUAUUUAAUGGAAUUAUGUCGGAUAUAUUCCCAGGUGUCACAUUGCCAAUUAUCGACUAUAGCGAGUUUAAUGUAGCUAUAAAUGAUGAAUUUAAAGAACAUGGCUUACAGACAAUAUCCAUAGGAGUAAAAAAAGUUAUUGAACUUUAUGAAACAAAAAAUUCACGACACUCUGUAAUGAUAAUAGGUGACACUGGCACAGCGAAAUCAGUGACAUGGCGAAGUCUCCAAGGAGCUUACUGUAGAAUGAAUUCACAACAUAUGCUUGGAUGGGAAGCAGUCGUUGUUCAUCCUAUAAAUCCAAAAGCUUUAAAUUUGGCUGAGCUUUAUGGUGAAUAUAAUUUGGCCACAGGUGAGUGGUUGGAUGGUGUACUAAGCUCUGUCAUGAGAAUUAUUUGUGCCGACGAGGAUCUUACUCAAAAAUGGUUGUUGUUUGAUGGACCGGUCGAUGCUGUCUGGAUUGAAAAUAUGAAUUCAGUGAUGGAUGACAAUAAGCUAUUAACUCUAGUUAAUAGUGAACGUAUUACUAUGCCUAUGCAAGUGUCACUUCUUUUCGAAGUUGGGGACUUGGCCGUUGCUUCCCCCGCAACAGUAUCACGCUGUGGAAUGGUAUAUAAUGACUACAAUGAUUGGGGAUGGCAACCAUUUGUUCAUUCAUGGCUGCAACGGCAAAAACUUAAGGAACAUGCUGAUUAUAUGCGACAACAUUUUGAAUCCAUUCUUACUAAGCUACUUGAGUUUAAACGAACGCGUUGUAAAGAACCUGUUAAAACGAAUGAAUUAAAUGUAGUGAUUUCGUUAUGCAAAUUGCUUGAUGGAUUUGCAACAAAACAAAAUGGAAUCAAUAUACACAACUUAGAGCUCUUAGAAGAAAUGACGAAGCUUUGGUUUAUGUUCUGCCUAGUAUGGUCUGUUUGUGCAAGUGUUGAUGAAGAAAGCCGUUUAAAACUAGAUGCUUUUAUACGUGAAAUUGAGAGCUGUUUUCCUAUUAAAGAUACCAUAUACGAUUAUUACGUAGACCCCAUUGAGCGAACAUUUCUACCAUGGGAAAGUAAGCUUUCGGACUCAUGGCAAUAUGACGAACAAUUGCCAUUUUAUAAAAUCAUUGUACCGACAGGUGAUACUGUGCGUUAUGAAUAUAUAGUAUCUAAACUUUUAUCAGAGGAGCAUCCAGUUAUGCUUGUAGGUAAUGUUGGAACUGGUAAGACGUCAACGGCUACAAGUGUCAUGGACACGUGUGAUAAAAAUAAAUUUUGCAUACUAUCUAUUAAUAUAUCGGCACAAACAACAUCGGCUGGUCUACAGGAGUCCAUAGAAAAUCGAACGGAAAAGCGAACGAAAACUCAAUUUGUGCCAAUUGGCGGAAAGAGGAUGAUUUGUUUUAUGGAUGACUUUAAUAUGCCUGCAAAGGAUUCAUAUGGCUCACAGCCGCCACUGGAAUUAAUAAGACAGUGGAUAGAUUAUAAAUACUGGUUUAAUCGAAAGAGCCAACAAAAGAUAUAUGUUCAAAACACAUUACUUAUGGCUGCCAUGGGCCCACCGGGAGGGGGUAGGCAAAUUAUUUCUCCUCGCACUCAAAGCCGAUUUGUUCUGAUUAAUUUAACUUUUCCGACUCAAGAUACAAUUGUGCGUAUUUUUGGAACUAUGAUCAAACAGAAGCUUGCGAAUUUUACAAACGAAGUGCGCGAGAUGUGGCUUCUAAUUACCCAAUCUACUAUUGCUCUCUACUCAGCUACAAUUAUAAAAAUGCUCCCUACACCAAACAAGUCGCACUAUCUUUUUAAUCUAAGGGACAUUUCAAAAGUUUUUCAGGGUCUUCUUCGAGCCACACCGGAAAUACUAACGAAGAAAAAUUUUUUUUUACGGCUAUGGAUACAUGAAAGUUUUAGAAUAUUUUCCGAUCGCCUAGUUGAUGACUUAGAUCAGAGCUGGUUUUUAAAUGCAAUUAACGAAACGUUGGGGAAGUUUUUUGAGGUAACCUUCCACAGUUUAUGCCCGUCAAAACUUCCUCCUCUUUUUGGAGACUUUUCCCAUCCUCAGGGAUUCUAUGAGGAUUUGCAGAUUGAUACACUGCGGUCAUAUAUGAUCAACCAACUCGAAGAAUACAAUAAUUUUCCUGGAAUGACUCGUAUGAAUUUAGUAUUUUUUAAGGAGGCAAUUGAACAUAUUGUUAGAAUAUUACGAAUUAUAUCUCAACCCCGAGGACACAUGCUUAAUAUGGGCAUUGGCGGCUCGGGCCGACAGGUACUUGGAAAACUUGCAGCAUUCAUUUUAGAAAUGGGUAUAUUUCAAAUUGAAGUGACAAAGAAAUAUAAGACUGGCGAGUUUCGUGAGGAUCUAAAAACCCUUUAUAAAUUAACGGGUGUAAAACAACGCUUGACAGUAUUUAUUUUUAGUAGUGAACAAGUUGCAGAGGUCUCAUUCCUAGAAAUAAUAAACAACAUGCUUAGUACCGGUGAAAUAAAUCUAUUGAAAUCAGAUGAGUUCGAUGAAUUGAAGACAGAAUUAGACCGGCCCGCUAAGAAAGCUGGUGUGCCGCUGACCACAGAAGCUUUGUAUACGUUCUUUAUGUUAAAUGUUCGUGACUUUAUGCAUAUUAUAUUAUGUUUUAGUCCUAUUGGAGAAAAAUUUCGUAGUUAUAUUCGCCAAUAUCCAGCACUAUUAAGUGCUACAACUCCAAACUGGUUCCGAUCCUGGCCCCAGGAGGCACUCCUUGAGGUAGCAUCGCAUUUUUUGCAUGGCUUUCAGCUGAACGUUCCGACACCAGGAAAGGAAGAUGAAAAACACCGCGAUAGCCUUGUCAUGACUACUGAGAAUGUUUUGCAUCGUGACAUUGCUCAAGCAUUCUCUAUUAUACAUUCUUCUGUAGCCAAAAUAUCUGAAGUCAUGUUAAUUGAAAUGAAGCGACACAACUAUGUGACAUCACCUAACUACCUACAAUUAGUUAGUGGAUUUAAAAAGCUCUUACAAAAAAAAAGGAUUGAAGUUUCAACUGCAGCUAACCGUUUGCGUAAUGGAUUAUCCAAAAUUGCUGAAACUCAGGAAAAAGUCACCUUAAUGUCAGAAGAAUUAAAAGUCAGUUCUGAGCAAGUAAAAGAACUCGCUAUAGAGUGUGAGGACUUUAUUGCCAUGAUUGAGAUUCAAAAGGCGGAGGCAACUGAACAGAAAGAAAAGGUCGAUGCCGAAGCCGUUAUUAUUAGGCGCGAGGAAGUUAUAUGUUUGGACUUGGCAGCAGUAGCUCGAGCAGACUUGGAAGUGGUCAUGCCAAUGAUUGAUGCUGCAGUAAAGGCUUUAGAUGCACUUAAUAAGAAAGAUAUUUCAGAGGUUAAGUCAUAUGGACGACCGCCUAUGAAAAUAGAAAAAGUUAUGGAAGCCGUUUUAAUACUUUUGGGCAAAGACCCUACCUGGGAAAAUGCGAAAAAAGUACUUAGUGAGUCUACAUUCUUAAACGAUCUAAAAAAUUUCGACCGCGAUCAUAUAUCAGAUAAAACUCUUAAAAGAAUUGCGAAUUAUACAAAGAAUCCUGAACUCGAGCCUGAUAAAGUAGCUGUAGUAUCUCUUGCAUGUAAAUCACUAAUGCAAUGGAUUAUUGCUAUUGAAAAUUAUGGAAAAGUGUACCGCAUUGUGGCACCCAAACAAGAAAAACUUGAUAAUGCGAUGCGAUCAUUGGAGGAGAAACAGGCAGCUCUUGCGGCUGCAAAAAAAAAGUUAGAAGAGCUACAAGCAGUAAUUGAGGAGCUGUAUCGUCAGUUAAAUGAGAAAAGUGCACUUUUAAAUGAACUAAGAGCAAAGGAGGAACGUCUUAGAAAGCAGUUAGAACGUGCUAUUAUUCUUGUAGAGUCACUAUCGGGGGAACGUGCACGUUGGAUUGAAACCGUAUCCCAAUUGGAUCUUGCAUUUGAGAAGUUACCAGGGGAUUGCCUUCUUUCAAUUGCAUUUAUGUCUUACCUUGGUGCGUUCGACACGAAAUACCGAGAGGAACUUCUCAUGAGAUGGGCUCAAUUAGUUAAAGACUUACUUAUCCCAGCAACGGCAGAUCUAAAAAUAGCACUGUUCCUUAGUGAUGCAGUUUCUAUUCGGGAAUGGAAUAUACAAGGCUUGCCUGCUGAUGAUCUGAGUACAGAAAAUGGAGUAAUUGUAACGCAGGGCAGCCGCUGGCCACUAAUUAUUGACCCACAAAUGCAGGCUAACAACUGGAUUAAAAAUAUGGAAGAGCACCAGCAGCUAAUGGUAAUCGAUUUUGGAAUGAGUGAUUACCUAAGGCAACUAGAACGUGCCUUAAGGGAAGGAUUACCGGUUCUUCUUCAAAAUGUCGGCGAGAAUUUAGACCAAGCCAUAAAUCCUAUUCUGCGACGUAGCUUUACUAUUCAAAGUGGAGAGAAGCUUAUUAAGUUUAAUGAUAAGUACAUUUCUUAUAACAAUCGUUUUCGAUUUUAUAUCACUACUAAGAUAUCAAACCCACAUUAUCCACCCGAAAUAUCAUCGAAAACGAUUAUAGUAAACUUUGCCCUAAAGCAAGAUGGUCUGGAAGCUCAGCUCUUAGGAAUUAUAGUCCGCAAAGAAAAGCCAGCACUUGAAGAACAGAAGGACGAACUAGUGGUAACGAUAGCUCGCAACAAACGCACUUUAAUUGAUCUAGACAAUGAGAUUCUGCGAUUGCUAAAUGAAAGUCGUGGAUCAUUGCUUGAUGACGAUGAACUUUUUUCUACCCUACAAAAAUCCCGUCAAACUUCCAUAUUGGUAAAAGAGUCCCUAAGUAUUGCCGAGAUAACAGAGGUCGAAAUAGAUUCUGCGCGUCAGGAAUACAAACCUGCUUCAGAACGUGCUGCUAUCCUAUUUUUUGUAUUAAUGGAUAUGUCAAAGAUUGACCCAAUGUAUGUCUUCUCCCUAUCCGCUUAUAUAUUACUGUUUACACAGUCAAUUGAGCGCAGUCCCCGGAACCAACUGAUUUAUGAGCGGAUACAAAAUAUAAACGACUAUCAUACAUACUCCGUAUAUCGAAACACCUGCCGUGGACUUUUUGAGAAACAUAAACUUCUGUUCUCCAUUCAUAUGACUGCAAAAAUACUUUCCAAUGCCGGAAAACUAGUAGAGGAAGAAUACGAAUUUAUUCUUAAAGGUGGAAUAGUAGUAGAUAAGCAAGGCCAGGCUCCUAACCCAGCUUCAU